UCAUGUCCUGCUAGUAUUUUCUUCUUCGUUUUGUCCAUUAGUCACGUCAUACAUGACCUUGUCUUCCAUUACCAUACAGUCAUUUUUUUGGCUUUAUUUUGAAUGGUGAAAUGCCGUUGCAGCAACGGUCAAAAAGUUUGAAAACCCAAACGGCAUAGCAUCUGCUUCUUCUUGACGCGCCUUUUUCUUGUGAAUAAGCAUUAAAAAGCAGUGCAAUUAUUUCAGCACCGGCAGAUUCAGUCUAGAAUAAACGGUGAAAAUGUUUAAAGCUGUGAAGAAGCUCAAAUUCUGGUCAAGAAAGAAGAGAAAGAGGAAGUCCCUUGCCCCUCAGCCCUCCCAUUGCUUUUGCCAUUGCUCUCACUCCACCUCCUCCCACUAUUAUCAAUGCAAUUACCCACUUCAGCCCUCAGCACCACCGUUACCGCCAUGGUUCCAAGCAGAGUUGACCCAAGAUGAGUUUCUAACAUCAGAGCAGGCUGAGGCUGAGCCAUUCCCUGAAUUUUCACAUCCAACAGAUCUGGUUCAAGAUAUUGAAUCAGACCCCAUGAUUCCAGCAGCAGCAUUCCCAUCCUAUCAGCAGUACAUGGUAUCGAAUCCCGUCUAUGGGCCUGUAGUGCAACAGACAGGUAGAAGAGAGAGAUCAGGUGGGUACUUUGGAUGUAUUAUUGAUAUUGGCCUCCGUCUAAUCCGAUGUUUUUGUCCGUGCGUCCAUAUCAGAGAAGUUUCACAGAGAAUUAUGAAAAAGCCCUCAGUUUCCGUAUUAUCAUAAUAUAGGACAUCACAACGAGACCUCCAUUUUCCUUUAUAGACAUAUACGUUAGUUUAAGGGGUGUUUCUUCUUCUUCUUGUUAUUAUAUUAUUAGUAUCAAGUGUUUGUAAGUAGAGAUCGAUGUUUUCUUCUUCUUUUUGUUUUUCACGAGUCAUUUGUGAUCCUGUCUAUGCGACUUCUUUUCUUUUUUGGA